AUGAGUGGAAAUCCAAGAGACGGAGAACUGCAACCAUUACUAGAAGAAAGGAUUGAAGGGGACGGCGUGAUCCCAAAACAAGAUAAAUAUAUUCCAAGACCUAAUUCUUCUAGUAUACCCGGAAACCCAACAGUUAAUGACAGUAUACCACUACAUAAAGGUAAAAUAAAAAAUAUUGACACGGAUGGCAAUAUUCCAGGUAGAAUACUUAAUCAACCUUUGAGCAAGCAGCCAAAAACAGGUGCUCAAAGAACUUCACGUACUGCCCAGAAGUUGAAAUUAUUGCCUGAAGAACCAUUUAAAAUAGAUCCAGAAAAUUUAAUUGCCUUAAGAGACCAAGAUGUAUACACCCAAGUCAACAGAAUUACAGAUAAGAACGCAAGAAGAGAUGCUGAAAAAUUGGGUAAAGCUCACAGACAUUUGCUACCCAGGACGACAGCUUACUGUACUGCAAGCAGUUAUAACAUGAGAGGCCUAAUAAAAUGGUUAAAGGAUUCUAAAAAAGCACACCAUACCCAUCCUAAACUAUUUGACGAAUGUUUAUAUACACCAUUUAUGUAUACGGAUUGGAGGGGUGAUAAAAGAUUUGAACACGAAGAUUUAAUCAGACUGGAUGAUGAAGGAGGUGAAAUUAAUGUUAGUGAUAAGCAACCUGAUGUCUUCAUAUUCGAAUAUGGUGUAGUAGUUAUGUGGGGCUUUACUGAACGAGAGGAAAAAGCAUUUCUGAAUGAUAUAGAGAAAUUCGAAAAGGAGAAGUUAGCAGAGGAAGAUGUUCAAGUUGAAGAAUUUAAUUAUUACAUUACUGAAAGUUACCAGCCGAGAAUUUAUAACGACUUCAUUACAUUAAGAGAUGCAUCGAAUUAUAUGAUCAAACUAUCUAUUUCCCAUGGUUUGGCGCAAAGUGUAAAAAUUUCAUUAUUUGAAGAAUUAGUUGAUAAUACAAUUGAAGAUACACAAGAUAUACCCCAAGAAAUUGCAUCUAGCGGUAAAGUUUCAAUGAGUAAAGAGGAUAUCAUGAAAAGUAUAGGUGAACUUUUUAUUUUGAGAAUAAAUAUAAACCUUCAUGGUUCAGUUCUUGAUUCUCCAGAAAUCAUGUGGUCAGAACCUCAGCUUGAACCGAUUUAUCAAGCGAUGAGAGGUUAUUUAGAAAUUAAUCAACGUGUCGCUCUUCUUAAUCAACGCUUAGAAGUCAUAUCCGAUUUAUUACAAAUGUUGAAGGAACAAUUAGGCCAUUCUCAUGAAGAAUAUUUAGAAUUUAUUGUCAUUAUACUGGUCGGGGUAGAAGUUCUUGUAUCAAUUAUUAACAUUGCAGUUGACUUAUUCACUAAUUCUCAUAAAAGUUAG